AUGGAAAUAUACAGUGAGUUCUCAAAUAUGAAGGUUUGGACUAGAUUCAAGAUUGCUGUUGUUUUAUAGACAAUAUUAAAAUUCUUAAAAAAAUUAAUGAAUCGUUAAACUAGUUAACUCUCUCUUAAUUCCUCGACUUAAUUAUUCUAUUCACAAUAUUUAAAGCAGCAACAAGUAAGUCCAAUUGCUGAAAGAUUUAGUGGAGAUGAAGUUUCUGUGCUUAGAAAGAAAGUUGAUUAACUUACAAAAUAAUUAGAGUUCAAAGAGAAAAUGAUAAGUGAAAUGAGGGCUCAUUAAAAACUAUUAAUGAAUCGUUUGCCUGAACAGAAACAAUUUCAAUAAGAUAAUUUUACAGAGAGAUUAAAAGAAUUUGAAUAAAAAAUGAAAGAGAAGGAGAUCUAAUUUCAAAAUUAAUUGAUUGAAAGUAGUUUGCUGAAUAAAGAAAAUUAGAGUCUAAAAUAAGAGAUAAUACGUUUAGAAAGUUGCAUUAAAGAUCCUUCAAUACCAAAGUUCAUAAAUUCAAUAGUUGAUCUAGUAAUUCAAUGUCAUCCAAUAAAUCAUUUUCCAAGCUAGAAACCUGAUUUAAAAUAAUGCUGGAGAUGGCUGAAAAAGAUUCUUAAUGAUUACAUAUAACUAAAAUAGCAAAAGCAUUGA